GUACUGCGUGCCGGAGUGGAACUGUAGAGCUGCACACACACUGCUCUUUACUUUCAUUCUUUCCUCCACACUCUGUCCAUCUUUCUUGUUAUCUGUGGAGAAGAGUGACUAUUCCCUCUCUCUCACCUGCCUAUGCUCUCUCACCUUGGUUCUGGUGGACUAUAGAGGAGUUAUGCCUUUGAGUGCCUGCCCCCUGAGCAGCCUGGAGUAGAGGCUGCGUUGUCAAACCAUGGUGCUGCCCCCGAGACCACAAGACCUGAGAAUAUGCAAUGCUUAAUGGUGACCAUCCUUCGAGGAAAGGACGGCUAUGGCUUCACCAUCUGCUCUGACUCCCCAGUGAGGGUUCAGGCUGUCGAUCCAGGUGGUCCGGCGGAUCAGGCAGGUCUGCAGCAGCUGGACACUGUGCUGCAGCUCAACGGUCAGCCUGUAGAACAGUGGAAAUGUGUGGAGGUCGCCCACGCCAUCAGAAACAGCUCCAAUGAGAUCAAGGUGGUGAUAUGGCGCACCGGGCCAGCCGCCAAGCCCAGUUUCGAGGGCCUCAUCCACCGGCCCUCCCAUAAGCCCUCCUCCUCCAACUAUGAUGCCCCCUCGCCCCCCACCAGGCGGCGGGACAGGUUCAAGGACCGGCUAGACCGGGACACGCCCCCACCGGCCGUGCCCCCCCUCCCCACCCACCACAGGACCAGCCGCCAUGUGCUGGUCAACGGCUCUGAGGGGGCUGGCGGGGGAGGGUUAGGAUGGGUUGGGCUAGGGGGGCCGUUGGGGGAGAGGGGGCGCGUAGGAAGGGGGGCGGAGGAGGUGGAUGGUAAAGCCAGGACCCAGACCCAAAGCCUGAGCCACACAGCCACGCUGAAGGGGACUAGAGUGAAGGCGUCCAACGGGGAUAACUACAUCAUCCUGGCCCCCAUCAACCCAGGAAGCCAGGUAUUGAGGCCUAUCUACCAGGACAAGCAUGGUACCCUGGCAGGGAGGAUGUACCCGCACCAGGCCAGCGUGCCCCAGACUCAGGGUGGUGGCAUUGCCCCACCAGGGGGUGUAGGACUAACAGGCCGGACCACCUUCCUACGACGAUCUACUAAUGCCAAGACGUCUAAACCAUCCGAUGCCAACCUCUCUGGCCAACCCCCACCCAGCUACCAGCAGGCCCAGAGCUCCUCCAACUUUGCUAACUACCAGAACUGUACUAUAGUACGCUCCCAUGUACCACACGGCAACCCGCACGGCAACUACGGCUACGUCAAAGCAGCACCCAAGAUCCUCAUCUUCCCCAUCUUUGUUCAGCCUCUGGACCUGUGUAACCCCACACGGACUCUGGUGGUCUCUGAGGAGAUUAUCCUCCACGAGAGCAAGCACCUCUCCAUUAAGGUGACAGUGUUCAUCUAUACAGACCUGAUGCUUGUGACCAGAGAGGAUGAACCAGGGAGAUGUCACGUCCUACAGAACCCUCUAUUCCUCAGACAACUACGGCUACAGGACGAUCGUGCUGAAGAGCUGAGGUUCUAUCUCAUCCACAUGACUGAGAAGUGUGACUGCCUGCUCAGUCUGGAAGCCUACUCUGCUGACCAGAAGCGGCGUGUGUGUCAGUGUCUGAAGGACAACAUUGAAAAGCAGCUCCAGCUCCAGAGGAGUGCACCCUUCGUCCCUCCUGCCGACCAGAUGCUUGAGCCCAAAGUGGACACCCCUCCAUGUGAGCUGGAAGGAGGAGGAGGAGGCCUACCCCUGCCACGGGGGUCCGAGGAGGACCUCCUUUACUCCUACCCCUCCAGCCCCUCAGAGCCCCUGACUCUGGGCAGCCCACACCCCUCUGAGCCCCUCACCCCCCUGGAGGAGGUCUGUAUCCCGCUGGGUGACGAAGAGGAACACAAGGUGCCCCCCACCCCGCCCCCCUCCACCGAGGGAGAAGACUGCAAGAGCAUGGAGGGCACCGAACCCGAGAUCUGGAGGGAGAGAGAGGUGGAGGAGGAGGAGGAGGAGGAGGAGGAGGAGGAGGAGGAGAGGAAGGGUGAGGAGGAAGGAGAGAUCGAGGAUGAAGGGAAAAGAGAGAUGGAGGAGGAGGGAGGAGAGGCGAUUCCCUCGGCGACGGAUGACGAGGCCCCGUCAGAUCCUCCCGACACCAACGCCCCACCCUCCUCCUCUUCCUCCUCCUUCAUCAUCCCUGAACUCCGCCUAGACCGCUCCUUCAGUGCCAAUGCCCUCUCCUCGCCCAACACCGACGAAGAGUACGACGAGGAUGAUGAAGACGAUGAAGAAGAAGAAGAAGAUGAUGAUGAUGAAGAUGACAGCGAUGAUGCCUACCCAGAGUGCAGCGACAGUAAACGCCGUAGCAUGGUGGAGGGCUCUGCCUGCGAGAAGCACGGCGGCCGGCUGAGCGUCCAGAACUCACUGCGGCGCCGCACGCAUAGCGAGGGCAGUCUGCUGCAGGACCCACGCUCUACCUGCUUCACCUCAGACAACACCAUCAACUGCCUGGAUGUGAGCCACGGACACAAGGGGGGCUGGACGCUGCCCUCGCCCAAGACCCUGAAGAAGGAGCUGACCAAGAACGGAGGCUCCAUGCACCAGCUCUGCAUGCUCUUCUCUGGCAGGAAGCUCAGCGCCGGAUCCACAUGCAGCUGUGAAGUUGGCCCCGAAGGGUCCAAGAAGAAGAAAUCCAAGAAUCUGGCCAAAGACAUGAAGAACCGGCUUGCUUUCCUGAGGAGGAGGAAUGAGUCUCCCGGAAGCAACCCAGCCGGCAAAUUCGACAAGUCCUUGAAGUCGUCAGUAAAGCCCACCCCGGAGGAGGCACUCAAAUGGGGGGAAUCUCUGGACAAGCUGCUGGCCCACAAAUAUGGCCUGGCGGCGUUCAGAGCUUUCCUGCGCACAGAGUUCAGUGAGGAGAAUCUGGAAUUCUGGUUGGCGUGCGAGGAUUACAAGAAGAUUAAGUCGCAAUCCAAGAUGGCGUCCAAAGCCAAGAAAGUCUUUGCUGAAUACAUUGCCAUCCAGUCUUGUAAAGAGGUGAACUUGGACUCGUACACCCGAGAGCACACCAAGGACAACCUUCAGAAUGUGACGCGCUCCUGCUUCGACCUGGCCCAGCGCAGGAUAUACGGCCUGAUUGAGAAGGACUCGUACCCUCGCUUCCUCCGCUCAGAACUCUACAUGGACUUAGUCAACCAGAAGAAGGCCAGCACCACGUCCACCUCCUCAUCGUCAUAAACACGAAGAGAUCAGGAUAGAACGUGAGAGACGACGAUGAAAGAGAGAAGGCAGAGACUUGAAAGCAGGGGGAGGUAGUUUUUUUCCAUGUUUGCCAUUUUGUUUUGUUUCUGCCAUCAUCCUGUCCCACUAUGAGUUGGGUGUGAGAGAGACGGCGAGCUAGGCCGUGGCACUGAGGGGGGUGUUGUUUACACAACGACCAUGACAACAGGCUGAUGGAGGGGGGAUGGAGAGCCCAUUCAGGACAGCUGGUCACCGUCAUGUGAGGGCAUGUCCAGGGAUUUCUCUGAUCACUCUCAUUGAUUACUGUCUGUCGUUCAUAACGACAUAUGUUCGUUUGUCCGUAUUUAAGUUCUCUUCCAGAUGUACUGGAAAAAGGGUUGAAACCUCCGCAGACAAGAAGACAGUCCAGUACUGUGUUGACGUUUAUUUUUGUAUUUUUUUUUACACCCCCUUUCCUCCUUUGGAGCCAGUUCAAAUGCUGUUGGUACGACACAGAGGUUUGUUUUGUCCUAGUUUUUCCAUGUCUCACAAAGCUUUCAUGACCAUUUCCAAAUGGGCUUGCGAGAAAAAGGAGAAACGUGGUUGCUGGAUCAAUGUCUGGAUGACUGGACAAAAAGCAGUUUCUUUAGCUUUUUUCUGUUGUCAUGUUCUCCAAUUCACGGCGUACACACUUCUUUGAAGCACAGUCGGCAUCUGUUCUGUUCAGCACCUUCUCACAGGGUCUCACCUCGUCGCAUUCAUCCAAAGAAUACGGCAAAAGACACAGAGACAGAGAGAGAGAGAGAGAGAGAAAGAUGGAGAAAAGAAAAAUACCAACAAUAGAACGGACCAAAACUGCAAAAGCAGAAACGUGCCACUCUCACUCUAAAACAUCUUGGAAAUAAAAAAAAGACUUGCUGCCUGUCUCCAAAGACUGUCGAAAAAAAGAGAAGUAACACUUGACUCUGUUCUGAUCAGCAAUUCAUUGUAGCUCCACCUGGACUGAACAAGGCAGCAUUCUCAGGACAUUAAGGCACUUGACUAUGAAGCUUCCAAGCUUGAUUUAGUUUUUUUAUUUUCGUUUUUACACAUAAAAUGUUUUUGUUUUUUUAUCGUUUUAGGUUCAAACAUGCACUCCAUAGGUAUACUGAGCAAUACUGUUGGGAGGUUGCUCUUUUCAUAGACAUAAAAAUGAAAAAAAAAACUGCUUCACCUGUACAAAGGUUUGCCUAUUUAUUUAGAUACCUUGCUGGAUGCUUCACCAACUGCACUCAGCUGAAAGCGCUCCCUCCCCCUAACCACGAACCAGGUCUACCGCUGUCCUAACUUUAAGUGCAAUAUGUUUUUGUUUAUUUUCCUUUUUUGGGGGAUAAGUUUCAAUUUUGAUUGGAAAGACAAUGGCUUGAGCUCUGUAUUAUUAACUUUAUUUGUAAGAGUCGUGUUGCAAAAUUCAGCUAUAAGGUUGAUUUACAGUUUAAGUAAAUAAACAAGAAUAGAUACAUGAAUUAAGCAAGUAAUUCUAACUGUGUACCCUGGCAGCAGGCAGCUAGGGUUUAAGGAUGUACAUAUAAUUCUUUAAGAAAACAAAGAAAAAACAAGAAAACAAGAGGUUUCACUUGCGUCGAGCUGGAACCUGGCUGUAUCUAUGUAAAUAUGAGAGACUCAAAGCUAUAAGAUUACAUGUAUUGUAAUAAAAAUGAGGAAGGUCCACCCUUUCCUGGUCAUACAAUGUUUGUCAGGAGUUUAUGAAGUUUAUGAAAUGUAUUUGAUCAUUUUCACUGUUUACAAUUCAAACCCAACUCCUAAGAUAGCAAGCAAAAAAUACAAUAGAAAUACAUUUGGUGUCAUUCCUGAAAAUAAAUAAAACAACCAACUGGUGAAAUAAUAAA